CUUGGGAGGGGACUGGAUUCCCCAGAUGCAGGAGACAGCGUCCAUAGUUUCAAUUCGAAGCAACUGGUGGCAACAGGUUAGCGUUUAAGAUGGCAGGGACAGCACGCCAUGACCGAGAGAUGGAGAUCCAGUCUAAGAAAAAGCUCACCACGGCCACUGACCCUAUUGAAAGACUACGAUUACAGUGCCUGGCCAGGGGCUCUGCAGGCAUCAAAGGACUUGGCAGGGUGUUUCGAAUUAUGGAUGACAACAACAACCGAACCCUUGACUUCAAAGAAUUUUUGAAAGGGUUAAAUGAUUAUGCUGUAGUCAUGGAAAAGAAAGAGGCAGAAGAGCUUUUCCAGAGAUUUGAUAAAGAUGGAAAUGGAACAAUAGACUUCAAUGAAUUUCUUCUCACAUUAAGACCUCCAAUGUCCAGAGCCAGAAAAGAGGUAAUUAUGAAAGCUUUUAGAAAAUUAGACAAGACUGGAGAUGGUGUUAUAACAAUUGAAGACCUGCGUGAGGUAUACAAUGCAAAACACCAUCCAAAGUACCAAAAUGGAGAAUGGACAGAGGAACAAGUCUUCAGGAAAUUUCUGGAUAACUUUGAUUCACCCUAUGACAAAGAUGGGUUGGUGACCCCUGAGGAGUUCAUGAACUAUUAUGCAGGUGUGAGCGCAUCCAUUGACACUGAUGUGUACUUCAUCAUCAUGAUGACAACGGCCUGGAAGCUCUAAAUGCAUGCAUGACUCCUGGAACCAGGCCUUGGGGACAGUUACCUGACUCCAAAUGAUUAAACAUCAGCUCAAAAACCAGGAUUACAUUUCAUUUCAUGUUCAUUCCAGUGUUUCUUCCUUGUGAACACACAACAUUUUCUAGGACCAAAGACAGGGCAGAAAUAAAGUCAUCCAGUUAACUGUGAGUUUGUCUUCUCUGAAGCUGUUUCCUUAGCUCUAAAAUA